CGCUGCCCCGCUCUGCGCACCAGGCGCACCAGCGGGACAGUCCGGUUGCACCAGAGGCUCGCUCAGACCACUCCAACCUACAGCGGACUGCCUACCGAGAAGUAAUUAAACUGGAGUCAACCGAUCAUCUUUUCUUCGCUUUUCAGUUUCCCGAGAAAUCAGGACCAGCGGCUCCAAGUUGAAGCAGCCAGGAUUUGCCCAGACAGAGGUGCCAUACCAAGGAUAAUAGAGGAGAUGAAGGAUUAGGGGAUAAUCCAGGUAGAUGGCUCCAUGGUGCGACCGCAGAACCGUUUGCAGCUGGAUUUGGACCUAUUUCUGAGCUGAUGUCGACAAAGCCAAAGCCCAAAGCAAGCCAUUCCACCUGACCACACUCCAACUGGAUCGGCUGCCUCCAGGAACACAACUGCAUAGUGUUCUCCUCAAUUUGUGCCUGUUUAAUUCAGCCAGCUAUGCAUGUCAACAAGCUACAAAGACUGGGACAGAACUUGGCCUGUACAUGAUAAACAGACAUGAUAUUCCAGUGAACUAUUUGGCGCUGCAGGCCUGGAGUUUAAUGUUUCAGCCUCAAAAACUACACAGCUUCAGAUCUUGGAAUAACCUUUGAGAGCUAUUUUCCAGGUCCAUACUGUGGACUCAUGAACUGUCAGUGAUUUUGUGAAAAAGAAGAGAGAAGUUGAGAUUUAUUAUUCAGUUAUCCUUUCGGUGGGAUUAAAGGAAAUUCCAGAAAUUGAUUUGAGUUGAUUUUCAAGAAAAGCCGAGCCGUUCUCCAUUUCUGACCAUGAAUCUCCAGGAAAAGCUGUCAGGCCUAAAGGGUCUGGUCUCACACUCCCACAGCAAGCGCCGCUUUAAAGGAGACCUAACAGUGGACAUGAUCAGCCCUCCUCUGGGGGACUUUCGCCACACCAUGCAUGUGGGCCGUGGUGGCGACGUAUUUGGGGACACGUCCUUCCUCAGCAAUCACGGCGGGACCACCAACGGGAACAACGGGGAAACCGAUUCUGUGUCCACUCCAGACAACAAGAUCGGAGCAUUCUUCUCAAGGACGCUCCGUCAAAUCAGGAGGGGCUCUGACAACCGACCCAGAGAGGCAUCCAAGGAUCUCUCGCCACCGCCUCCUGUCGUUUCCCCCAUCAUCAAGAAUGCCAUCUCCCUGCCCAGGCUGGAUGUAGAUAUGCCUAAUGGAAGUCCUACCAUCAAGGUGCUUUUCCCCAGUUCUCAAAACACACCUGAGGAGAAGAAAAGCUCUUAUGGUCUGGAGUCCGGUUUUGUCACCUUGCCUCGUCUCUCACGCUCUGAGCGUCAGCAGCCAUCCAUCUCCGUCCCCAUCUCCUGCUCCUCCAACAUUCACCGCGGCUCUCUGACCGACCCCUCUGAUAUCAUCUUAUCCACCUGUUCCACCUCUGUUGGGACUUCCGACCCCAGCCGCACUACCGCCUUCUCCGACUCUCUUCCUUCCCUCACCUCCCUGGAUACCUUCACCUUUGACCUCGGACCCUCCCUCAUGAGCGAGGUUUUCAGCCUGAUCGACGGCCACCCGGAGGAGCACAGUCACGCUUGGGAGGGAGAGGAGAUAGGGUCAGCAUGUGGGCUGACCACUGACGGGUCAGAGAUGGACUCGGCUACCAUCUCAUAUGUGGAUUCCUUGCUGAGGGAAGACUGUGGGGGCAGAAAGAGCCCACAUGGGGCCCAAUGGGAAGAGGAGGAUGGGAGCGCAAUGGAGGUGAAUGGGAUUGGCCUUUCUGUAAAAGUUCCUGAUGUAGUGAUGGGGUCUCCUGACCGGGGGAUGAUGGGGAUGAGGAUGGAGAGCAAACGGUUCCAGAGUGCUACAGACGUGCUUGCGCGCCACUAUGGUGCCGGCCUCUUGAAGGGACAGAGCAGGAUGGCGACGGGAGAUCCAGAGUUCAUGAGCCAGCCAAAGAAGAAAAUGUCCUACAGUUAUAUGGAUGAUGAGGACGAAAUCAAAGUCUGAGCUCAGAAAAUCAAACAUGUUGGAGGAAAUUGUUUAAAAAAAAAAAAUGUGAUGUAUAAUUCCUCUGUAAAUCCAAUCAAACCAAUCAUCUAACAUCAUCGCAUGGUUGACAAAGGCUGGCUCUGUUGACAGGAUGAGCUCGGAAACCCUUCACACCUAGUACUGAUUUCCUUCUAUGCAAGCGUACUCCAAGGAUUUAAAGUUUUGAUACAAACCUGCUGCUGAAUGUACCUAAAAGGAGUGAAAGACUUGAUGCUACAUGUUUCCUUCUCUGCACGAGAAAAUAACUGAAGCAAGGAGGGUAUGGAAAGUGCGGAUGUACCAGCGAAUGUAGUUACAAUCAAAGGAAAAGCCCGGCAUUACUCAGUGUGGAAGUCGCAAACCCUGAAGUUCACUUUAUCCAUUUUUUUUUUUUUAUAUACUUCCUCAUAUACGAAGGGAAAAGGCUCUCAGUGCGAGACCAGAUUACUAAUGAGAACACAGAAAGGAAUUCUGGGAGGGUUGGAAAAAUAUAUUUGGUCUUAAUACAAACUUUUGGCAUCACCACAAUCUCUUUCUACUCAGGAAUAUACCAGCAGGGGAGAAAAAGGGAAGAAAAUUAUUAAAUGAGAGAUCCCAGAAUUCACAGUAUAAAGCCUCAUCUAUUACACUACAUGGACCAAUGUAAUACUACAUGUAAUACUGGUAUUUGCUAGACGCAGCUAAAGCCUUAAUUAUAUAUUGUGCAUUGUAUGCUGCAGACCUUCUAUAUAGACACUCUGUGCACCUUUUUUUGAUUAUGAAGUCCGACCCCUAUAUCGCUUUUUUAUAGAAGAAACGUCAUGCAUAUGUUAUUUUAUAAAGCUGCACACGAAGAUAUCAACAGACCUCCUAUAAAUAUGUACGUACAGUAUGAGCACCUGCAGUAAGUACACAGUGCGAUUCACAUCCAUGUGCUGCAGUCAGUACCAGUGAUAUACCAUGAAAAUAUAAAGUGACAAUAAAGAUGUUUUUAAUGA